GAACAUAUCUACAAAAACAUGAUGGUGCACCAUGGUGUGAAAAUGAUGUGUGUAUAACAGUGUAUAAUUAUGUGCGAAACGCUUUUCGUACGAUCGUUUAUAUACAUCAACGUAUGUAAUUACUCGAAUCCAUUAAUUUAGAAUUUUUCUCGAAUCGUUCGUCGUUUUCUAUUCACGAAAAUGAUACACAGUCUCUUUAUUAUAAAUUCCUCGGGAGAUGUCUUUAUGGAGAAACAUUGGAAAAGUGCAGUCGCACGUUCACUCUGCGACUAUUUCUUUGAUCAACAGCGAAGAGUCCUGUCGCCAGAGGAUACUCCACCAGUGAUAGCGACUCCACAUCACUAUCUUAUUAGUAUAUACCGUUGUAACAUGUUCUUUGUGGCGGUAUGUAUGACAGAAGUUCCCCCAUUGUUUGUCAUUGAAUUCUUGCACAGAGUAGUGGAUACUUUUGAAGAUUAUUUCAGCGAAUGUACAGAAACAAUCAUAAAGGAAAACUAUGUGGUUGUAUAUGAAUUGCUGGAUGAGAUGUUGGAUAAUGGUUUUCCACUGGCAACGGAAUCCAAUAUAUUGAAGGAAUUGAUCAAACCACCUAAUAUUUUGCGCACUAUAGCAAACACAGUUACAGGCAAAUCCAAUGUUAGCGCAAUCCUACCGAGUGGACAACUGUCUAAUGUUCCUUGGAGACGAACCGGAGUGAAAUACACAAAUAAUGAAGCUUAUUUUGAUGUUGUUGAGGAAGUGGAUGCAAUUAUCGAUCGAACUGGAGCAACUGUAUUUGCAGAAAUUCAAGGCUAUAUUGACUGUUGCAUAAAAUUAAGCGGUAUGCCAGAUCUCACACUUUCAUUCAUGAAUCCAAGAUUAUUCGAUGACGUUAGCUUUCAUCCUUGCGUUCGAUUUAAAAGAUGGGAGUCAGAAAGGAUACUUUCUUUUAUUCCGCCUGAUGGUAAUUUUCGCCUUCUAUCAUAUCACAUAGGAUCACAAAGUAUUGUAGCAAUUCCAAUAUACGUAAGGCACAAUAUAAGCCUAAAAGAACCAGGAGGUGGCAGAUUGGAUAUAACUGUUGGGCCAAAACAGACUAUUGGCAGAACAGUUGAAAAUGUUAUUCUUGAAAUUCCUAUGCCAAAGAUAGUCUUAAAUUGCACCUUAAGUCCAAACCAAGGAAAAUAUUCAUUUGAUCCUGUUAGUAAAGUAUUGUUAUGGGAUAUUGGGAGAAUUGAUGUUUCUAAAUUGCCAAAUCUUAGAGGAUCGAUCACAAUACAAAAUUCGGCAACUGUUACCGAAUCUAAUCCUGCUAUUAAUGUGCAUUUUACGAUUAAUCAAUUAGCGGUGUCUGGAUUGAAGGUAAAUCGAUUAGAUAUGUAUGGCGAAAAAUAUAAGCCCUUCAAAGGUGUCAAAUAUAUCACUAAAGCUGGUAAAUUUCAAAUAAGAAUGUAGGUACAAUCAAUGACAAGAUAAAGCAAAAAUUAUUUCUUGUAUAUUAUAUUAAAUACGUAAUAUAUAUGUUUUAUAAUCUAAUAAAUGGAUUAAUAAACACAACACACACAUAUAUACAUGAUAUGAAAAAUAUACUUA